AUGUUAUUAUAGAAUAUUAAGUAUGAUAUUUAUGAUCCAAUUGAACAAUUUUUAGAUACAAGAUACAAAUUUUUUGGACUCAACUAAUUCUUAUCUAUAAAAAUGAUAACACAAUUAGAAUAAAAUUAAUUAGUAUUAUUUCCUAAUUCAAAUAUGGAUAAAGAAUAAGAAUUCUAAUCCUUUUUUUAAAAUAAUUAUACAUCUUCUAAUCUUUUGUUACAUUUUAUGAUAUACAGUAAUUGUAAUCUUUAUACUUCGAAAGUUAUUAGUACAUAUCAAAAAAAUUAGGGAGCUAAAGAAAUACAACUUUUAGAAUUGGAGGAGUUUUCCAUAUGCUAAACUAUCAAUAAGACUAUAAAUUAGCGUUUAUAAUACGAUCAUUUGUAAUAGAGAGUGCUUAUUUUUACUAUUCCUAUAAAAAUUUAAUUCCAUUUUUAUAGGAAUAGUAAAAAUAAAGUUUUCAUGAUAUUUUAUACUUUUUUUCAUAAAUACUCUGAUUAAUUAAAAAUUUAUGUUUAUUUUUAUGAAUGCUUUUUUUCACUUUCUUAUUAUUACUUUAAUUGGUUAUUUAUUAUAUCUAAUAAAAUAACCAAGAUCGAUAAAUAAAAUUUUAAGUUUAUCCGACUUAAAUUAUUAUAAAAUCAUAUUAAUACCAAUUAUAACUAUUUAUAUUAAUAUAUAUUAGAAAGCUAAAAAGAAAUUGAUACUUCACAAUUUAGAAUUUUAUUUAAGGAGUAAUCUUUUUAUGUAGUAUCAUAGUAAUUUUAAGAAUAAAUUACUUGA